UCUCUCUCAUUAUACCCCCGAAGUUAAAAAAAAAUAAAAAGUAAUUAUCUUUAAAACACCCAAAUAAAAAAAAAUCACUGUGUAAACAAACUAAAGAAGACGAAAGAGAAGAGAUCCAAAUCUCCCAUCUCAUCUUGUUAUCUAAAAAAAAUUCAGUUCACACCAAAAUAAAAUAAAAGAUAAAAACCCAAAAACAUCCAAAAAAAUACAAUGCUCUGCUAUGUCGGUAAAGCCACCAAGAUUUUCAUUUUCAUCGUUACCGUCGCCGUCGUCAUUGGCCUCGUCGUAGUCUUCGGUGUUCUCCGACGUCACUCUCACCAUUGCUCCGGUGACUAUUGCUCAUCCGAUCCUCCUUCUUCUUCUUCCUCUUCCCCUUCCUCCCCUUUUAUAACUCCAUUCCCAAACCCAAACCCGAACCCGACCACGCCUGUUCUCGGAUCUUCACCUCCCACUCCACCAGAUUCAUCAUCAACACCAAACCCAUCUACUCCAAUCUCCCCAAAUCCGCCUGCACCGAUCGUAACAAACCCGAAUCCACCUCCUCCGUCCACACCUAAUCCGAAUCCUCCGCCGCAAUUCUCACCUCCUCCGCCUGAUUCUGAUACAACCACCACCGCUCCUCCUCCGCCUACAACGGAAACAGCAAUCCCACCACCGCCUCCAGCACCAGUAUCGGCAUCUCCGCCGUUAACUCUGCCGAGCUCCGUCGUCAACACUCCUGCUCCCGUGCAUGCUAAACUGGUCAACGACUAAAAGACCAAACAUUUGUACAUUCCGACAUUAUUUUUUCCAGUUUCUUGAACUUUGAUUCAUUUGUCUCUUUUUUUUUUUGUCUAAUUAGAUAAUUUUUUCUCUAAUCUUUAAUCUUUAUUCGCAUUUUCAUUAAUCUUAUUCAUAUGUUAUACACUUCACUAUAUAGCAAGAGAUCCCGAUCGAAUGUUAUAAACAUAUAUUUUUUUGUGUUCUUGUUAAUUGCAAUGAUCUUAUAUGGGUGAGUGAGUUGUCUAUAUCUUUAUCGAUAUCAAAGGCUUUUAAUGAUUAGAUUUUGUU